CGCAUGGCCGCUUUAGGAUCGCCACCGUUUUCGGAUGUUCGGGACGGACAUUAGAGAUGCGAGAUACGCUUUGCAUCUGCGCUAUUGAUGCAAUUAUCUCUGUUCCCGAUCUUGAAACCAAUUUCGUAAGAUGCAAGCAAGACUACAACUAGCAGCGUCAACUGCCUCGAGGCGGCUCGCCGCUGCUUCGAGGGGCGGCUCCUUGCGACAGCCUCAAAUUCCACGGUCACUUUCGGCUGCCCCGCGGAUAACGGCGGCCACGAACUCCCUACGGCUUCUUCCCAGCGUCGCAAUCCGAACAUACUCCAAUGGCAGACCACAUCCGCCCGGCGGCACGCACCGCAUGAAUCUCGGAGGCGAGCCAGAAAAGCCGGCGCUCGAGCAAUACGGAGUCGACCUGACAGCGAAAGCGAAGGCGGGCAAGUUGGACCCUGUCAUCGGACGAUCGGCUGAGAUUCAGCGGACAAUACAAAUCCUCUCCCGGCGGACGAAGAACAAUCCCGUCCUGAUCGGCAGCGCCGGUGUUGGCAAGACGGCUGUUCUUGAAGGGCUGGCUCUGGAGAUUGUGCGGGGUGCUGUCCCAGAGAGUAUCAAGAACAAACGGGUCGUUGCUCUUGAUCUCGGAUCCCUUAUUGCCGGCGCAAAGUUCAGAGGAGACUUCGAGGAGCGACUCAAGAAGGUGCUGACCGAGGUCCAACAAUCAAACGGCGAGGUCAUUCUCUUCAUCGACGAGCUCCAUACCCUUCUCGGGCUCGGCAAGGCCGAGGGUUCCAUCGACGCGUCGAACCUUAUAAAGCCCGCUCUCUCGAGGGGCGAACUACAAUGCUGCGGCGCCACGACGCUGGCCGAGUACCGACAGAUUGAGAAGGACGUUGCUCUCGCCCGACGAUUUCAGCCGAUCCUCGUCAGCGAGCCAACGGUCCAAGACACAAUCAGCAUCCUUCGCGGUAUCAAGGACAAGUAUGAGGUUCACCACGGUGUCCGUAUCACCGACGGCGCGCUGGUUGCCGCCGCAACAUUGUCGAACCGUUACAUUACCGACCGCUUCCUGCCCGACAAGGCGAUCGAUCUGAUGGACGAAGCCGCAAGCUCCCUUAGGCUACAGCAAGAAAGCAAACCAGAGGAUAUCCUGCGGCUCGAUCAGAAGAUCAUGACCGUUCAGAUUGAGCUCGAGAGCCUCCGGAAAGAAAAGGACGUCGCAAGCAAAGAGCGGCGGGAGAAGCUGGAGGCCGAUCUCAGCAAGUACCAAGAAGAAGCGCGAGCCUUGUCAGAGAAGUGGGAGAAAGAAAAGGCCGAGAUCGACGCCAUCAAACAGACUCAAGCCGAGCUCGACAAAGCCCGGAUAGAAUUGGAGAUGGCGCAGCGGGAAGGCAAUUUUGCCAGGGCGUCCGAGCUGAGAUUCGGCGUCAUUCCCAACCUCGAGAAGAAACUGCCAAAGGACGGCGAGAGGCCAGCGGACGAGGGCGCUUUGAUCCAUGACUCGGUCACAGCAGACGAUAUCGCCAACGUUGUCUCGAGGGUCACCGGAAUUCCAGUCUCGAAGCUCACGAGCGGUCACACUGAGAGACUGAUCCACAUGGAGGAUAUCCUACGCGAGUCUGUCCGUGGCCAAGACGAGGCCCUCAAGGCAGUCGCAGAUGCGGUGAGGAUGCAGAGAGCCGGCCUCAGCGGCGAGAACCGGCCGCUCGCGUCCUUCUUCUUCCUCGGCCCCACCGGCGUCGGCAAGACGGAGCUGUGCAAGAAGCUCGCCGGCUUUCUCUUCUCCACCGAAUCCGCCGUCGUCCGUUUUGACAUGAGCGAGUUCCAGGAGAAGCAUACCAUCUCCCGCCUGAUCGGUGCUCCUUCGGGCUACGUCGGCUACGAGGACGCUGGCCAGCUGACCGAAGCCGUCCGGCGCAAGCCCUACGCAGUGCUCCUCUUUGACGAGUUCGAGAAGGCGCACCGCGACAUUUCGGCCCUGCUCCUCCAGGUCCUGGACGAGGGCUACCUGACGGACGCCCAGGGCCACAAGGUCGACUUCAGAAACACCAUCAUCGUCCUCACCUCCAACCUGGGGGCCGACAUCCUGGUCGGUGCGGACCCCAUCCACCCGUACCAAGAAACCGCCGAUGGCGAGAUUGAUCCCAAGGUCAAAUCCGCCGUCAUGGACGUCGUCUCGUCGCAGUACCCGCCCGAGUUCCUCAACCGCAUCGACUCCUUCAUCGUCUUCAAGCGCCUCUCGCUGCCGGCGCUGCGCGACAUCGUCGACAUCCGCCUCCGGGAGCUGCAGGAGCGGCUCGGCGACCGGCGCAUCACGCUGAGCGCGGCCGACGACGUGCGCCAGUGGCUGGCCGAGCGCGGCUACGACCCCAAGUUCGGCGCCCGCCCGCUCAACCGCCUGAUCACGACGCAGAUCGGCAACGGGCUCGCCGACAAGAUCAUCCGCGGAGAGAUCAAGACGGGCGACACUGCCGUCGUGACGGUGAACGACGACAAGAACGGACUGACCAUCUCGGCCCUGCACGGCGGCGCCGGCGACGGCGGCGCGGCGGAACAGGAGACCGCGGCCACGGCCUGACGCUAGAUGCUCGGCAUCCUUUGGCUAUUGAUGACGAUUUACGAUGAUUUUUAUUUUGUGUACAAUAAUGUAUAUUAUUUUGGGGUAUAUCCGUUUUUUGUUGUCGGACUCGCCACGUCGUCAUUGGAAAAGCGUUCCG